AUGGAGAAUGAAAGCUCCCCUCUUCUCUCGCAACAAGACGACAAAGACACAAGUUUACUAUGGAGAAGACUGCGCAAGCAACUGGAGUGGCGGUUAUCCACAAUCCGUGUAUACACCGAUGAAACCUUGAUCCUAUUCUGGAAUUCUCUGCCAGUGAUUUUCGCAUAUGCACUUCAAAAUAGUUUGCAGACAUGCUCGCUUUUGAUAGUCGGCCGUAUCUCGCCGGAAUAUCUUGCCACUGCAGCAUUCGCAUACAUGUUCGCAACUUGCACCGGUUGGUUGAUUGCGGUCGGCGGAACAACUGCGUUGGAUACCCUCGCUUCUUCCGCCUUCACUGGCAGCUCGGAUGAAGUCUAUCUUGGAGUGCUUCUGCAACGAGCAUUCUUAGUCCUUGGACUAAUGUACAUCCCAGUCACUGUAUUGUGGACUUACUCUGAGCAUUUGUUUAUUGCCCUCGGGCAAGAUGCUACACUGGCCAAAGACACUGCGCUAUUUUUAACCUAUUUGAUUCCUGGCGGAUUGGGAUAUAUCUACUUCGAGGCGAUAAAGAAAUAUCUGCAGGCGCAAGGAUUGAUGUCGCCUGGUACAUAUGUUUUGCUUAUUGUGACACCGUUCAAUGCGGGCUUGAAUUAUAUGCUUUGCAUUCGAUGGCAAUUCGGCUUGAUUGGCGCCCCUAUAGCUACCGGAUGUUCUUACUGGCUUUGUGCCAUUCUCCUGGCCCUCUACUGUAUCUUCGUCUCGGGGUACCAAUGCUGGGGAGGCUGGUCUCACAAAAUUUUCCAAAACUUGGGCGUGUUCUCACGUCUUGCAACCCUUGGAAUCAUCCAUGUUGGAGCAGAGUGGUGGGCAUUCGAGAUUGUUGCCAUUGCGGCAGGGUGGCUUGGUAUCAUUCCAAUGAGCGCUCAAAGUGUGAUCAUGACAACCGACCAAGUGCUAAACACGGUGCCGUUUGGCAUUGGUGUUGCUGCUUCUGCCCGCAUCGGAAAUCUGCUCGGGGCUCGUGAUGCGCGCGGCGCCUCUCGUACCGCCAAGGCUGCAGCCUAUCUGAGUAUAUUCCUAGGAGUGUUGAUUAUGUCAAUCCUGAUAGCUUCAAGAUCUCAAUUUGGGAAGAUCUUCACCGACGAUUUUGAUGUUAUCCGCCUGACAGCUGAGGUUAUGCCAUACGUGGCUGCUUUCCAAAUCGCCGAUGGGCUGAAUAGUAGCUGUGGUGGAUGCUUGCGAGGUAUGGGCCGUCAACAUAUUGGUGCGGCCAUCAAUAUCGUGAGCUACUACUGCUUUGCUCUACCACUCGGUAUUUGGCUCUCAUCACACGGCCACGGAUUAAUUGGUCUUUGGGUCGGGCAGUGCCUUGCUUUGUACUCCGUUGGGCUCUUGGAGUGGGGCAUUGUUUCCUGGAGUGACUGGGACGAGGAGGUAAACCGAGCGUUCCAAAGAAUGGACCAAGACGAAGAUGUAGAAUUUAUUGAGCAAGCAUAA